AUGUUGUCUCUCUCAGACCUGCAAUUGUUGAGACGAAUUGACAGGAAAUCGGCCAAUGCUGAUGUGGUAAUGUAUAGCACUAUCAUUGAUAGUUUGUGUAAAGAUAAAUCUAUAAACGAUGCCUACGAGUUGUAUAUUGAGAUGAUUGCAAAGAGAAUUUCUCCUAAUGUUAUCACUUUCAAUAAUCUAAUAUACGGAUUUUGUAUUGUUGGUCAAUUGAAAGAAGCAUUUGGUUUGUUUCAUGAAAUGGUAUUGAAAAACAUCAACCCAGAUGUUUGUACUUUUACUAUAUUGGUUGAUUCCUUAUGCAAGGAAGGUAAGGUGAAAGAAGCUAUGAAUGUGUUGGCUAUGAUGAUAAAAGAUGGUAUAAAACUAGAUGUUGUAACUUACGGUGCUUUGAUGGAUGGGUAUUGCUUAGUUAACCAAGUGAACAAGGCCAUAAAUAUAUUCAACACUAUGGUGCACAAGGGAGUGGUGCCGAGUGUUUGGUGCUACAAUAUCAUUAUUAAUGGAUUGUGCAAGAAUAAAAUGGUGGAUGAAGCCACGAACUUCUUUAAAGAAAUGCAUAACAAGAUGAUUGUUCAUGAUGUGGUAACUUAUAGUACCCUUAUUGAUGGUUUGUUUAAAUCGGGGAAAAUCUCUUAUGCGUGGGAACUUGUUGAUGAGAUGCAUCGUAUAGGUCUGCAGGUUGAUGUAAUCACUUAUUAUUCUCUAUUACAUGCUUUGUGCAAAAAGAAUCAUCUUUACCAGGCAAUUGCAUUGGUUAUGAAAAUGAAAGACCAAGAUAUUCAGCCAAAUAUGUUCACAUACAAUAUAUUGAUUGAUGGACUAUGCAAAGGUGGAAGGCUUAAGAACGCACAAGUGAUUUUUCAGGAGCUUUUGUCUAAAGGCUAUCAUCUAACUGUUUGGACUUAUAAUGCUAUGAUAAAUGGGCUUUGUCAGGAGGGCUUGUUUGAUGAAGCACUUGCCUUGUUAUCAAGAAUGGAAGACAGUGGUUGCAUUCCUGAUGUUGUAAGUUAUGAAACAAUUGUCAAUUAUCUUUUUCAAAAAGGUGAGAGAGAUAAGGCAAAGAACCUUCUACGUGAAAUGAUUGUUAAAGGUCUACUAUAAGAGUAAAACUGGGUAACAUACUUUCUAGUUAUACAUUGUUUUUUUCAACAUGUAAUCACUCUUGUUAAUUUUAGAGUAGACGAACAAUGGUGCAUCUUCCUCUGUGAAAAUAGAGGGGAGAGUAACUUCUCAAGUUAAGUGAAUUGUGGACUUUAUCCUGGCAGUAAUAAGUACCUCAUGAAAUUCAAUUCUUCGUAUAUAUUUCUAUA